AUGACGAACCUUUAUCCUAAUUUUGGUCAAAGCGCAACGGCGACUUUGACUGCGCCUGAAUCACAUACAAUUAUAGCGCUUUAUGAUUUUGUAGCAAGUAACAAUGAUGAACUAAGUUUUACAACAGGCGAUAUUCUAAUAGUGAAACAUAAUUUCGAUGAUGGAUGGAUAACCGCUGAAUUAAAUGGAAUAACCGGGCUGGUUCCAGGAAACUAUUUCGUUUAUGAUCAGAGCUGA